AUGGUUUGGAGAGCGCCCUUCCUUCAAUACGACUACCUAGCCAAUGGCAGCGAAUGCGGUGCAGGGGCAAAGAGGAACGGUCACCGGAACAAUGGGGAGCCAGCUUCACAAAAGCUGACAUCUGCUACCGACCAUCCAAAGAAACCCCGUCCAUGGUGCACCGCGGUCCGCCAAUUUCAUAGCAGCCGUCCUGGGCGACGAGGGCCGGCUAAUGAAAUCCGAAGCGCUUUGUUUCCAACCGUCUUCAGGUUGGCGCGUCCUAAUUUCGAAACCGACGUUUGUUUUGCUGCCGCGACUCUACAAGUACGAGUACUCGUAAUCACAUCUGCUCUGGAGACAUCCCGGGAUCUACGCGGCGAGCACGAAUGCCACUGGGCACAUGAUGCAACAAGUACUUCUCGGGGCAUCUUUCAAUGCUCAGAGACUCACGGCCAGCAGUCGGGCGCUUGA